AUGGCGAGGCUCAACAUCCCUCGGCUCCCCUUCCGCAUCCGACUCCCUCCCAAGCCCAAGUUCCUCCAGGGCAUCCCGAACAACUCCAUCCUCGCCAUCUCCGUGCUCAUCCUCGCCAACACCGUCGUCUGGGCCGCCUGCGCCGUCGUCCUCCGGCUGCACCCCAAGCUCAUCUCCCCCGCCGCGCUGUCCUACUCGCUCGGCCUGCGGCACGCGCUCGACGCCGACCACAUCUCCGCCAUCGACCUCAUGACGCGGCGCCUGCUCGCCGCCGGCCAGCGUCCCGCCACCGUCGGCACCUUCUUCUCCCUCGGCCACAGCACCGUCGUCCUCGUCACCUGCGUCGUCGUCGCCGCCACCAGCGGCGCCCUGCGCGACCGCUUCGACGGCUUCGCCCGCGUCGGCAACAUCGUCGGCACCUCCGUCAGCGCCGCCUUCCUCAUCGUCCUCUGCGUCGGCAACGGCUGGGUUCUCUAUAAACUCGUCACCCGCCUCCGCCAGGUCCUCGACGAGAGGCGCCGCCGGGAGGCCGAGGGCGGCGACGGCGCGGCGGUCUCGACCGAGUACGACGCCGAGGCCACCGCCAGUGGUCAGUUCAAUCUCGAGGGCGGCGGCUUCAUGGCGAGGGUGCUGGGCUUCCUCUUCCGCGCCAUCGAUCGCCCGUGGAAGAUGUACCCUCUCGGCGUCGUCUUCGGCCUGGGCUUCGACACGAGCUCCGAGAUUGCCAUUCUCGGAAUCGCCAGCAUCCAGGCCGUCCAGGGCACCAGCAUCUGGCUAAUCCUCAUCUUCCCUAUAUUGUUCACCUCUGGCAUGUGUCUGCUCGACACCACAGACGGCGCGCUCAUGAUGGCCUUGUACUCAUCCAAGGCAUUCUCCCGAGACGUCGUAGCCAUUUUGUACUACUCCAUUGUGCUCACUGGCAUCACCGUUUUUGUGGCUGCUUUCAUCGGCAUCAUCCAGGUUCUCUCGCUGGUCCAAAACGUCGCUGAGCCUGAGGGAAGCUUCUGGGAUGGUUGGGAGUGGGAUCAAUCCUCGUAUAUCGACCUUGGAGACGUCGCAUGGAUCGAAAGCGACACGGACUGGCCGCUUCUGCAGAUGCUGGGCUCAGAGAUGCCGAAGAAUCUGAGACACCGCUUGCACAAGAAACGACGCCUCGUCAUCUGA